AAAAAAAAAAAAAAGAAGAAAGAAAUUAGACUUUGGAUGAAAAGAAGAGAGAAAUUUGGUGGCAGGCAAAAGAAAGGCCCUGUAAGAAAGCUCGAGCCUGCCCAACCAUUGUUUUGGGCCCCAGCCUUGAAGGGCAUCUGCCUUUCAGGUUGCUGAGCAUUGGCAACUGCUUGGUUUUUGCCUGCAUUUCUCUAGCAAAGAUGUGCAGAUCCUGUUGGGUGGGGAGCUGGAGCGGCUGGCCCACCCUGUUCACCCUUUGGUUCUCCCCUGCUCAGAAGUCUUAUUAGGGAUGUGAUGAGGAUGGAGGAGGUGGCAAUGCGGUGGCCGGCUGGGAGGGAGAGCUACCUCCCUCCAGUGGGCACUGCUCAGGACUCACGUUCCCCUCACUGCCUUGACUCUUGGCCUUGAUCCAAAACGAUGACGUUUAGCAAGGAUACACGUCAGGCCCUGGGGUUGGAUUAAGAAGAUUCUGCACACCCGUGAGGGCCUGGAGAAGCUGCUUGUGUGUAAGAUACCUCUGGGUUUCAGGUGCCCCCAAGCCCUGAACAAGUCAGCGCUGUCACACCCCUGCUGUGGAAGACCAGCUCCAAGCUAAUGCCACGGAAGGUGGGGCUGUAGUGACAUCCAGUGCCUAAGAGGAGGGGGCUCUGUGCCAUGCAGGGCCACACAGAGGAGAGCCCUCAGGGCUGGCUCUAUGGCAAGUAGGACACACUGACUAGUAGCGUGGGCCCUGGUGAAAGACAGAUGGAAGGUCCAGUUUAGGCUGCAGAGAGGACUGGGGUGGGGCACGGAAGUAACACAGAGCUACCUUCCUGCACCUGGCUGAGGGGCUGUCACCUGUAGGAUACAGUUACUAAUAACAGCUGAUAGCCUGUUACCUCAUCAGAGCCCUCACACUGCUGUGAGACAGGUCCCAUGAGUAGGCCAGGCAAGAAAAUGUGGCUCAGAGAGGCUAAGUGACUUCCUUAAGACCACACAGCUAGUAAGUGGCAGAACUGGGACUUGCACUCAGGUCUGUCUGACUCAAGUCCAUGCACUUGAACCCCAGACUAGCAUUUCCAGUGUUCCUUCCUAGGGCAGAACCCAGGCGGCUGGGUCCUGGAGGGCCAGGCAUUGCCAGCCAUGCGUGCUGCUUAGCAGUGGUGUGGACGGUAAUGAGCCCCUGUCAUGCCCCUCUGGGAUGCACUUGGGAGGCUCAGCUAACCUCUGUCUCUUUCUCUUUGUCUGUCUGUGUCUGUCUGUCUCCCUCUCUCUGCCUGUCUUCGGGGAGGGAGGUUUUCUCCUUCUCCCUUUCAUCUCUGGAUGUGUGUCCCUCUGACUCUGCCUUCACUUCCUGUCUGUCUGUCUGCCUCUCUCCAAGCCCCUGUCUCCCUCCCUGUGCCUGUCCUGGUCUCUCUGCAGGACCCUCCCGUGGACAUGGGUGGGGCCCUGGGGCCGGCCCUCCUGCUCACCUCGCUGCUCGGUGCCUGGGCAGGGCCAGGCCCUGGGCAGGGCACGCAGGCAGUGACGGUGGCCGUGGUGUUUGGCAGCUCGGGGCUGCCACAGGCCCAGGCCCGUGCCCGCCUCACCCCCCAGAGCUUCCUGGACCUGCCUCUGGAGAUCCAGCCGCUCACCGUGGGGGUCAACAACACCAACCCCAGCAGCCUCCUCACCCAGAUCUGCAGCCUCCUGGGUGCUGUCCGCGUCCAUGGCAUCGUCUUUGAGGACAACGUGGACACCGAAGCAGUGGCUCAGAUCCUGGACUUCAUCUCCUCCCAGACCCAUGUGCCCAUCCUCAGCAUCAGCGGGGGCUCCGCUCUGGUCCUCACCCCCAAGGAGCCGGGCUCCGCCUUCCUGCAGCUGGGCGUGUCCCUGGAGCAGCAGCUGCAGGUGCUGUUCAAGGUGCUGGAGGAGUACGACUGGAGCGCGUUCGCCGUCAUCACCAGCCUGCACCCCGGCCACGCGCUCUUCCUGGACGGCGUGCGCGCCGCGGCCGACGCCAGCCACCUGAGCUGGCGGCUGCUGGACGUGCUCACCCUGGAGCUGGGCCCCGGCGGGCCGCGCGCGCGCACCCAGCGCCUGCUGCGCCAGCUCGACGCGCCCGUGUUCCUGGCCUACUGCUCGCGCGAGGAGGCCGAGGUGCUCUUCGCCGAGGCGGCGCAGGCCGGCUUGGUGGGGCCCGGCCACGUGUGGCUGGUGCCCAACCUGGCGCUGGGCAGCACCGACGCGCCCCCCGCCGCCUUUCCCGUGGGCCUCAUCAGCGUCGUCACCGAGAGCUGGCGCCUCAGCCUGCGCCAGAAGGUCCGCGACGGCGUGGCCAUCCUGGCCCUGGGCGCGCACGGCUACCGGCGACAGCACGGCGCCCUGCCCGCCGCGGCUGGGGACUGCCGCGGCCAUCCCGGGCCCGUCAGCCCUGCCCGGGAGGCCUUCUACAGGCACCUACUGAAUGUCUCCUGGGAGGGCCGAGACUUCUCCUUCAGCCCUGGUGGGUACCUGGUCCAGCCCACCAUGGUUGUGAUCGCCCUCAACCGGCACCGCCUCUGGGAGAUGGUGGGGCGCUGGCAGCACGGCGUCCUGCACAUGAAGUACCCAGUGUGGCCUCGCUACAGUGCCUCCCUGCAGCCUGUGGUAGACAGCCGGCACCUGACGGUGGCCACGCUGGAAGAGCGGCCCUUUGUCAUCGUGGAGAGCCCCGACCCUGGCACCGGCGGCUGCGUACCCAACACUGUGCCCUGUCGCAGGCAGAGCAACCACACCUUCAGCAGCAGUGACGUGGCCCCCUACACCAAGCUUUGCUGUAAGGGCUUCUGCAUCGACAUCCUCAAGAAGCUGGCCAAGGUGGUCAAGUUCUCCUACGACCUGUACCUGGUGACCAACGGCAAGCAUGGCAAGAGGGUGCGCGGCGUGUGGAACGGCAUGAUCGGGGAGGUGUACUACAAGCGGGCAGACAUGGCCAUCGGCUCCCUCACCAUAAACGAGGAGCGCUCCGAGAUCGUGGACUUCUCCGUGCCCUUUGUGGAGACGGGCAUCAGCGUGAUGGUGGCUCGCAGCAACGGCACCGUCUCCCCCUCGGCCUUCCUGGAGCCCUACAGCCCCGCCGUGUGGGUGAUGAUGUUCGUCAUGUGCCUCACCGUGGUGGCCAUCACCGUUUUCAUGUUCGAGUACUUCAGCCCCGUCAGCUACAACCAGAACCUCACCAGAGGCAAGAAGUGCGGGGGCCCGUCCUUCACCAUCGGCAAGUCCGUGUGGCUGCUGUGGGCGCUGGUCUUCAACAACUCGGUGCCCAUUGAGAACCCCCGGGGCACCACCAGCAAGAUCAUGGUCCUGGUCUGGGCCUUCUUCGCUGUCAUCUUCCUCGCCAGCUACACGGCGAACCUGGCCGCCUUCAUGAUCCAGGAGCAGUACAUCGACACCGUGUCGGGCCUCAGUGACAAGAAGUUUCAGCGGCCUCAGGACCAGUACCCACCCUUCCGCUUCGGCACGGUGCCCAACGGCAGCACGGAGCGGAACAUCCGCAGUAAUUACCGAGACAUGCACACCCACAUGGUCAAGUUCAACCAGCGCUCGGUGGAGGACGCGCUCACCAGCCUCAAGAUGGGGAAGCUGGACGCCUUCAUCUACGAUGCUGCUGUCCUCAACUACAUGGCGGGCAAGGACGAGGGCUGCAAGCUGGUCACCAUUGGGUCUGGCAAGGUCUUUGCCACCACUGGCUAUGGCAUUGCCAUGCAGAAGGACUCCCACUGGAAGCGGGCCAUAGACCUGGCACUCCUGCAGUUCCUGGGGGACGGAGAGACACAGAAACUGGAGACGGUGUGGCUUUCGGGGAUCUGCCAGACCGAGAAGAACGAGGUCAUGAGCAGCAAGCUGGACAUCGACAACAUGGCCGGUGUCUUCUACAUGCUGCUGGUGGCCAUGGGGCUGGCGCUGCUGGUCUUCGCCUGGGAGCACCUGGUCUACUGGAAGCUGCGGCACUCGGUGCCCAGCACGUCCCAGCUGGACUUCCUACUGGCUUUCAGCAGGGGCAUCUACAGCUGCUUCAACGGGGUGCAGAGCCUGGCCAGUCCCCCGCAGCCGCCCAGCCCGGACCUCACGGCCAGCUCGGCCCAGGCUAGCGUGCUCAAGAUGCUGCAGGCGGCGCGCGACAUGGUGACCACGGCGGACGUGAGCAGCUCCCUGGACCGCGCCACGCGCACCAUCGAGAAUUGGGGUGGCGGCCGCCGUGCGCCCCCGCCGCCGCCUGCCUGCCCCGCUCCGCAGCCCGGCCCCGGCCCGCGCCCGCCGGCCCCCGGCCCGCCCCCUGAGCCGAGUCCCAGGGGGUGGGGUCCGCCAGGCGGGGGUCGCGCCGCGCUGGUGCGCAGAGCCCCGAAGCCCCCGGGCCUACCCCCAACGGCCAGGUCGCCCCUGCCCGACAUCUCCCGGGUGUCACGCCGGCCCGUUUGGGAGGCGCGGUGGCCCGUGCGGGCCAGGCACUGCGGGCGGCAUCUCUCGGCCUCGGAGCGGCGCGCGCUGCCAGAGCGCCCCCUGUCCCCCGCGUGCUGUCACUACAGCUCCUUCCCUCGAGCCGACCGAUCAGGGCGCCCCUUCCUCCCGCUCUUCCCGGAGCCCCCGGAGCCGGAGGACCUGCCGCUGCUCGGGCCGGAGCAGCUGGCCCGGCGGGAGGCCCUGCUGCGCGCGGCCUGGGCCCGGGGCUCGCGCCCGCGCCACGCUUCCCUGCCCAGCUCCGUGGCGGAGGCCUUCGCCCGGCCCAGCUCGCUGCCUGCCGGGUGCCCGGGCCCCGCCUGCGCCCGCCCCGACGGCCGCCAGGCCUGCGGGCGCUUCGCGCAGGCGCAGUCCAUGAGGCUGCCGUCCUACCAGGAGGCCUGCCUGGAGGGCGUGCCGGCGGGGGUCCCCGCCUGGCAGCACCAGCGGCACAUCUGCCUGCACGCCCAUGCCCACCUGCCGUUUUGCUGGAGGGCUGUCUGCCCUCACCUCCCACCCUGUGCCAGCUAUGGCCCCUGGCUCACUGGGGGCUGGGGGCCUGCGGGUCACAGGGGCAGGACUCUGGGGCUGAGCACAGGCUACAGGGACAGUGGUGGACUGGACGAGGUCAGCAGGGUAGCCUGCGGGACACAAGGCUUCCUGGGGCCCUGCACCUGGAGGCGGAUCUCUAGCUUGGAGUCAGAAGUGUGAAGUGUCAGCCACUCUGGUUCCUGGUCCGAGGGGUUCUCUGGCUUCUACCAGGAUGAAAUCCUGCCCAUGGGACUCCCGUGACUCCAGUGACGUCUUCCAUGGUCAGUUCAGGGACCUCAGCAGACUCAGGUCCUGGUUUGGGCUGCGCUCUGGCUGACCCCUUACCAUGCAAAGUCCUACCUACCCAGCGUGGAGUCCCAGGGAACAGCAUGGGUCAGGCCUGUGAGGGUCUCCCUGCUCUGGUGUUGCCAGUUCCUGGUCACGGCUGUGUGGUCUUGGUGGGGGGGCAUGGAGCCUGGAACCUUGGAGGCUGGAUCCUUGCUCCACCUGGCUGGAGUUUCUUCUCAUCCGAGCACUGGGGCAUUAAACCGACCUUUUACAACCCA